AUGAAGAUGUUCAAGAAGAUAAUAUUCCCACGGUUUGGCAUCCCAAAGGCAUUUAUUAGUGAUAAUGGAUCUCAUUUUGUGCAUAGCGCCUUCCGCAAGAUGUUGAAGAAACAUGGAGUUAAUCAACGUUUCGGGCUCCCCUGUCAUCCUCAAACUAGUGGGCAAGUCGAAGUGUCUAAGCGUCAAAUCAAAUUGAUUCUUGAGAAGACGGUUGCAAGAAAUAGGAAGGAUUGGUCAGAUAAUCUAGAUGAUGCCUUGUGGGCAUAUAGAACGGCUUUUAAAACUCCUAUUGGCACUCCUUACUGUUUGGUGUAUGGGAAGUCUUGUCAUCUUCCGAUCGAACUUGAGCACCGUACUCAUUGGAAUAUAAAGAAAAUCAAUUUUGAUUUGGCAAGUGCGGGUGAGCAGUUGGCUUGA